AUGAACAUGGCCGUAGAUAGGAUACCCGUCUCGGAGUGGGCUCAGCUGGCCCGACUACUGAAGGCGGAUAUCUCUCGUCCCAUCACGCUCCGUUGUGACGAGUGCCUAGAAAGAAGAAGUUACUCUCCUCCUCACGAUGAUCCAACGGGCGGGAUCGCUGGGCCUUGUUCAAGAUCUGGUGAAAAAAGAUUUCAAACUAAUCGAUCAGCCUCGCCCCGUUAG